GGACCGCGACGGGAUAUUCCCCCGGACAGGAGACGGGAUGCUCGCCCAAACCCCAGCUGACCCCUGGGAGCGGGAUGCUCCCCGUCCCCAGAGCCGCCUCCCUGGACCGGGUUGCCAACCCCACCCCGCAGUUCACCGAACUGGGCUGCUCCUCCUGGGAUCCCUCUUACCCGAACCGGGCUACCCCUUGGAGCUGGGUCCCCGCCCGGACCGUCCCCCUUCACUGGAGCUUCCCCGGGUCCCCGCACCGGGCUGCUGCCCUUCCCUGAACCCGGCACCUGCCUCCCCGAACCCGGCUCUUCCCCCUUCCCAAACUGGGCUCCCACAACGCCACCCGCCUCCCCGAACCGGGCUGACACCCCCCUCGGGGACACGUGUCCCUCUGACCCCACCGAGCUGCCUCCCUCCGGUCUCGGCUCUCCCGCCGGGCUCUGCCCGCCCGGUCCCCGCUCCCGCACCGGGCUGUGGUCCCGCUCCGUGCACCGGGCUCCGCUCCCGCUUCUCCGCUCGGUCUGCCCGCCCCGCCGGUGCCCGCACCGAGCUGCCCCCCUUCUCCUCCCGGCCCCCCCAGCCGGGAUGCCUACCCCCGCCGCCUCCCCGGCUCCCCGGGCAGGUGCCGGUGCCGGUGCCGCCGCGGGGCGGGCGGUGGGUGCCCCGAGCUGCGGUCGCGCACGGCAGCCGCACGCACACGCACACACACACACGCGUACGGGGGGCACACACAUAUGCACACACAUGCACACACUCGGCUGCACACCAGCACCUCCUGUGCACGUACCCCGUGCAACAAGGACCCCUCCGUGCACUCCCCGACAGCGCCAGAACCCUCCCUGGGCACCGCGGGGGUCUGCGUGGGGAGGGGCAUUGGAGCAGAGAACACGGUGGGUUUUGCAUGGGGUGUGCCUGGGAGACAACCACGGGGCAGAGCUGGGCUGGGGGUGCUGGGGCUGCAGCCUGAGCCCCCUCCCAGCCCUUAAGGCAGCAGGGAGAGCUCCCACCCGGCCGCUACCCACCCUGAGUCCCCACAAGGUUGCAGCCUGUCCCCAAAUCCCCAGAAGGAAUUGGGGGUUUGACCUUGGUUUAUACCAGAUAUGAAAUGCUCCAAACUGAGACCGCCUGGCCCCUGUGGUCCCACCAUAGUCUCACUGCAGUCCCAUGGCACAGAGUUCCCCCUUUGCACACACACACAUGCUGUUUAUUCAUUUAUUCACAGAGACUCACGUCAGUGCCCACACUCUGCUUCUCCCUGACCUGGCACCGGACCCAGGCCCGUGCCCCGGCAGUGACCUGCUGGCAGCCGCAGCUUCCCCUCAUUUGUUAAUAAGACGUACUCUAUUUCCACAUUUGGAGCGGUGCCUGGGGAUGUGGAUGUAAAUCCCGAGCGAUAGCGGGUGGGCUGCUGACAGCUGCCGGGAAGGUUUGUCCAUCACAUUGCCAUUCCCUUCAACACCUUCACAUGCCUCCAACAUCUCCCACAAGCUCACCCAGUGCUGCCUGCACAGUGCCAGGGACACAGGGAUGCGUGGCCAGUGCCCUGGGCCCCCUGUGCCCUGCACCCUGUCCCGCCCAUGUCCUGAACCCUGUCCCCCCUCAGAGUGUUCCUCUGCAGCCACACUGGGCUCCCUGCCAGUCACAGUUGGAGAACGUUGCCCUGUGUGGGGAUGUCAGAUGGGAGUCUCCUGCCACCUGUGCCAUGACAGGGGCAGGGAUUUUCUCUGGAGUCUCUGUCAGAUGCAGCUAAAAGGGACUGAAAAGGGUCAGAGAGUUUAAGGAGUGCCGCACAGAUAAAGAGAUGCAUCUGUGUUUUCUGAGGGCUAGGCAGGCUCAGCACCCAUCCAGGCUCAGCACCCAUCCACGCUCAGCACCCAUCCAGGCACAGUGCCUAUCCAUGAUGCUGACCAGCAUCCACCAGACUGGCACAUCCACUCCCCAAGGUGCAGCAGGGAACAGGACUGCAAGGUGGGCUAGGAGAACAUGACUCUAAGGAUGGUUUAUAGUCUCACUUUUUCCCAUCUCAGAGGCAUGGAUACACAUUAUUUUAUUGGGUUUUUAAGUUUGCAGUGGAAGUUUUGUGUGCUGUGACCCACCUGCUCUCUACUCCUGUCUCCUCAGUGUUGAAGGUCAGGCUGGAGGGUGCUGGGAGCAGCCUGGUCUAGAGGAAGGUGUCCUCUGCCGAUGGCAAGAGGCUUGGAAUGAGAUGAUCUGUAAGGUCUCCUCCAACUCAAACCAUUCCGUGACUCUAUGAAACACAGAAGCUUCCCAGCACAAUGUCCCUGGGGACUCAGCCAAAAGUGGGCCGAGAAAAAAGCAGAAUUAAAAAUAAAUCUAACACCAGGGAGACAGGGAGAACCACAGGUGCCUUGUGAUACAGCAACAGCUGAUGCACUGGGCUGUGCCUGGGAGCAGCGAGAGCCUUGCUGUGCUCUGCCUGAAUAUAAUGCAUGGAAAGCACGAAGCAGAGGGUGACAAACUAAUUUUUUUCCUGGCUGGUGACACUGAAGUGUGCAAACAUACUGCCUUCUGCUCUUGGUGGUGGCUGGGGCUGGUGCAGGUGGGUGGCUGUGAACCUUUCCCCUUCCUCCUCCGAAGAGCUGGGCUUUGGGGGACCUUUUGUGUUUGUUUGUUUAUUUGUUUAUUUGUUUGUUUUUCUUGGUUUUUUUUCUUUUUCUUCUGCAAAUUUGCUUCACAAGGGAGUUUUAUCAGACGUGCCUGGAGCCACGCAGGAGCUGCUCACCUGCAGAGAA